AUGUCGAAUGCUAGUCAAGAGCGGUGUUCUUCUGCAUCCAUCUUCGAUGGCUUGAUAGUGAGAUGCAUUCCCCGCAGGGAGCAACACUCCGGAAUUUUAUUUGCCGACGAGAUAGUCUUCCAAAAAGACCAGGGUGGAUGUUCAGUAUCCUUCCUCAUAUUGUGGCACAAAACCUCCGUUCCUUUUGAGGCGACUGUUUCCGGCACAACUGAUCGGGCCGACUAUCACCUUCCAGGAAGCGUUUGUGUCGCCAUGGAUCAUAUCGACGUUCCUAAAUACAGCAUAGCUGCGGCUCAUAAUCACAGCGGCGCCAGCUGCAAAUGUCUUAAUCUGCCUCCCACUUCUCCUUGGUCUUCGUGCAGUCAGGCAAGUCUCACCGUAGUUGAAUUCAGCUUACACGAAGACUCAGAGCUGUUGUUCUCCCAAGAUAUACACACCGGCUGGAGUUACAUUUACUACAUGACCACAGUUUUCAGACAAGUAAAGGAACAGUACCGGUUCGUUUUCUCUCAUAUGAACAAGGUCCGCUGGUUGUUGGGGUUUCCCGAACAACCAGAGAUCCACGGGUCGGGUGUUAUCAAAAUAUCGGUGGGCCACAUGGGACCUCAAGACGGCGCUCAUCAAAUUGACUUUUAUUACACGUUCACGCUCCAAAAUGAGGUGAUACAGUACAUGGACGCCCAGGGCAACGUUGAAACUGGGCAUGGCCCUUUUUGGUGGGCUGCAAUCAGGAGAAGAAUGCGUUCGGAAAGCACUGAGAUGAAGAUUAGACCACGCAAGCCUGAGAGCGAGUUCGAAGAUGAUUGGCAAACAGCUAUGGAGCAUAUAUCAAACAGUUCCUCGAGAAACGAAGACGACGGAAGGACACCGAGUCAGCAGCAUACAUGA